CUUCUAUAACUCAGUAGUUAACUUUUCUAUAUUUUAUUUUUAGGAGAUAGUUAUUUCUUGUAGGAUUCAACGCCGACUCUAAAACUGUCACAUUAAAAUAGACAGAGUACUGAAUGCCCCCACUAGUCGGGAUUUGUUCAUCUCCAGUCAACAACAUGAUGAAUUUCAUCCCGGAGGGAAAGACAACACCCCACUCUCAAGAUUCCACGAUUGCGAUUAUCCGACAGACAUUCGCGACAGCUGCUCCGUGUCCUUUUGGUACCGGCUAUUUUUGUUGUCGUCCGAUUGGAAUCGCCUACACUAGAAGUCAGCGUCCAUUGUAUUCAUGUCAGCAGGUGAGUGUACCCGUAUUCUCGACUGACUGACCGACCAGCACGAAACAGCAGCCGUCAGCAAAGAAGCCCAGCAAACUGAGAGCUCCUCCCACUCGGAUUCGUCUCUGUGACUCUUUUCUGGCCUCCCGAAGAACAACUUGCUCGCCUGGAACACCAUCCUCGGAGUUGGCGCUAGUACCCCUUGAGUCGCUAAGUAAGCCGCAUGUCCCAGACUCUGCGCGUUUUCAGAAGGUCCGUGUUCAUCCGUCUUGAUCUUGUUUCUCAUCUGGAAGCUCACUCACACGCAGAGUCUUCAUUUCAAAGAUUCAAGAAGAAGGAAUGGUGCGAUAUCGCCCCGAAGCCGGUGAGCGGGGCUACACCUUCCGAUUAGUGAACAACAACGGGGGCAACGGCGAUAUGAAUGGUGGCAGUCCAACCGGAACUCUCAUGUCGGAUCACAGUGGUGCAUCGACAUUAGAUAGUUCCGUGUACAAGGAAAGAAUCGAUAGUCUAUUUCGACAGCAGCAUCUUCGCCGCCACACCAGCGAGACCCAAAAACCUCUGAUUGAGGAAGAAGAUGCGGCCGUAGAUGAACCCACCAUGGAACAUUUGCAGCUACAUUUUCAAAAAGUGUUGGCCGAACAACGAGGAAGCGUUGCUUCACCUGUUCCAGCCGCACAACCGACCAAAAACAACUCGACCACCUACAUUCAGGUGAAUAACCACGUAAAUCACACACUGAUUCGUGAACCAUCGGAAAGUCGAGCCCAGCGCUUCAAUGAGGCGCGCAACGCAGUUCAGGCUCAAAUCGAGAAAAUGUUCCAAGAUGCAUCCACAAACAACGUGCAACAACCAAACAAGACGACUCCAUCAAUCCAUCAAGUAGCUGUUUCCUCGCCGCCAGGACAACCCACAAACGACGUGAUCAACAUUACCAACCAUAAAGCCGUAAUUAAUGUCCGCUCGGAUCAUCCGGCACCAAACCACCCAAAAGCAGUGCAUAACAAGCAGAAUGUUCCUCUCCCGCCUAUUCCGGUUGCACCGUCGCCAUCUCCUCCUUCCCCAACUGAAAUGACCAACACCAAUCAGUACAAAGUCGAUUAUCUCGGCUCGUUGUCACUUCUAGGUCGGGCCACCAGCUUAGAAUCGCUCCAGUUUCCCCUUAAAGAGCUUUACAGUCGCUAUCGCCAGCAGGAAAAUAAAAUCUACCGUGGAACGAUGGAAAUUUCACCUGCCGGAUUGAAAAUUCAGUACUAUUCAUCCGACAGUCGCCGAUCCAGUGUUCCACAGGAAGUAUUAAACCCAUUUCCCACUAUCGCCGUUUGGGCGGCAGUCAAAUUUGUUGCUCGUACCGAAUCAACUGGAAGAAAGUUCGCCUUUUUGCCACUAAUUUGCGAUCCGGAGAAUCAGGACAAACAGAAUCUAUUCCACCCGCUGAGUCCAUCUGAUGAUGGUGAAUGGGUGACUUCACCUACCUUCCAUCCGCCAUUGUUCACCUGUGUUAUGCGUAAUACUCAAGCCCCAAAGGACUUGGAAUGCCAUGCCUUCGUUUGCGACAACCCCGAGGAUGCCAUCGUUAUUGCCGCUAAUUUGUACCAGGCGCUGCUACGAAAUAUGAAAAACAAUGAAUCGUCGCAACAACAGCAACAACAGCCGCUUCAGCAACAAUCACCGCAACACCAGCCGCCACCACCACCGCCGUCAUCUGCUACUCCCGUUAACAAAAUUGCUCAACCCAUCUAUUCGCCUUCAACUAGUGUCUCUAAUUGGAGCGAGAGUUCAGUCACUUCAAGUUUCCAGCAACCGGUUCGCCCACCGCGACGUAAGAAAUCUUCAAAGGCCCAAGAUGGUGGCCUUGAACGACGGAAGAGCAUCCGGCGGAGUCAAAAUAAAACGAGAUCUUCCCAAGGCAAAGCAAAUUUACGUCGCAGUAUGCGUAACGCCAGCCAACGGAGUAAUAAUGGCAGUCGCGUUGUUAAACGUAGCGUGUCCGAGCGACACUUGGGUGAAAUAUUAUUAUCGGAUGCGCUGGAUGGGGCGGAUCAAAGUAACAAUGGCGACGUUCUUACUAAAGUAGCCAUUCCCCGUAGCAAAAGUUUCAUGACCGUUCCUCAACAGAAUUACUCCUUUUCCGAACUUUUCGAAGAAUUAAAGAAACACGAAGGUGUGAAGAGUGUGGAUGACGUCUUAAAGUCGAUCGUCAACAAAGAUCGAAUGUCGUUCAAUGACUUGACGCCAGCCUACAAAGAGAUGUUGAUGAAAUUGGCUUUGACCCUCAGCAAGGACGAGAUGUUCCAGCGCUCCAAGAACAUUAUGAGGCAUCAGACCAGCAACCUGAGUAAAACUAAAUCCAAGGGCAAAGCAGACGCAGUAACGAAAAAUGGAACAAACAAAUCAGCUGGGCGAGAUUCGGACGCUGAGCACAGCACCAGUUCUUCACGCAUCAGUAGUGUCUUGCGAGCCACAAAAAAAUCUUUCUCAAAGUGGGGCGCAGCCCGCUCCGUUUCGACGGGUUAUUCGGUUACCAAGGAGGAGAAGCAAGCAUCCGAACCUCAGUUAAUUAAGAACAUAAAAAUUAAAAGCCCUGAGCCUUCUAUUGUUUCCUUGGCUCCAUUGGUUUUCCCGGCAAAGCAUUUCAAUCCCAAGACGCCAUUACCACCGAGAUCAGUCGUUGCGAGCAACAACAAAAAUGGCACCGUCAACAAAGCGCCAGAAUAUAGCGCCUCCUGCUCCGAAUGCGGUUACGACAGCGAAUCUUGUUCGCAUAAAUGUUAUUGUUCCUUCAGUGAAACACACUCGCAAGAUACCACUGAUUACAGCGAUGCCGAGCGAUGUUACUGCUCGUUAAAGAGAAUCAGCAAAUCCAGUGGAGCUCCAGUCUACCGGAUUCGUCUCGAUUCGGAUGACACCGACACCAGCCACGAUAGUCUGCCUGAACCGGCCAACAGGCAUCCUCCUCACAUCAAACCUACAAAGAACCGUCCGAAUUACGCAAGGAAAUCCUCCAGUAUGACGUCGUGGUCUGCACUCUCGGGUGCCGAAUCACCAUUAACCGCUUGGCGAAGAAAUACAGCUAACUUGCAGCAUUCCGCUCCAGCAACAACCACUAAAGCUUCCGUACAUGCAUCCUCGAAUAGAUUUACUCUUUCAAGCGCGUCGUCAUUAAGACAAAAGAGUUUGAGUUCUUACCUAAGCGACACGUCACUCGAUUCGGACGUUGUAGCCAUGACCGAACCAGCUCACCACAAAUCCGCUAAUCACAAAAGUUCCUUCGCCAAACAACCAGAAAUCUUACGCAGGAAGAGUCGCAGCUCAUAUUUAUCUAGUGAGACGGAAGUGGAUUCUACCAGUUGCAACAGUUUCGUUCGUGGUCCUGUCUCCCUGGCCAGUCAACAGCAGCGGCUUCAACGGAAAACAAGUCCCGCAGAAUCGGUCGGGUAUCAGAGCUAUGAUUCAACGGGAAGCAGCGGCCGGACAUCGAGGAAUUUCAGUUUAGAAAAUCUGAGUUCCGUUAGCGACAGCCGAAGGAAUUCCAACUCCUCGAGCGAUAGAUCACUAAAGUCACAAAACUCGGUUCGUGGCAAUAAAUUUUUGAUGGUGUCGGCAGUCGACCCCAAGGGCAAAAUUGUUUAUCGAGGCACAUCAUCAGCUGGUUCGACUCACCAUAGUCAACAUCAUCACCGCUCCGUCACAAAGGCAGUGCCGGAAGGUGCGUUGUCGGCCAAGAAGACGACUGAAAUAGCGGCCAUGUUUUCGAAUAUCAAGCUUAACCAAACAACCGAUAUUGUCAUUGACGAUAGCGAAGUUACUGAAGAUACCGCCUCGGAGCUCUCAACUGAUGACGCUUACAGCUCGAUGCAUUAUCGAGGCGCAGCCCGGAAUAAUAAGAAUGGGUUCUCGAAACGAAGUGAAUUAGAGAAUUCGCUUGGUUAUUUACCAUAAACAUGGGCCACGAACAUGUUUUUUCCUUUUUUUUUAAUGGCUAAAUGCUUAACCCCAUUCAAGAUAUUAAUUCUUCUUCCUUCUUACAAAAAAAGGCAAUAAAAAAUGGGAAUGGUGUAAUAUUGAACAGGGCCUCCCGCAUCUCUACGGCUGAGUAUAGAGACGUCGAUGAGGAGCGGUUUAAUCUAUUUAUCGAAAGCGAGUAAGGACAAAAAAAAAUAAAAAUAAUAACAAAGUGUUUAACUAUAGCCAUUAAGAAAUUAUAUGAAGUGUACAGUGUUAAUCUUUUUGUCUCUGAACUCAAUAAAUAACAAGAUAAACCAUA